AUGCAUCUGACGACUGCAACGCGACCGGGCAUCGCCUAUGCUGUAAGCUUUGUGUCACGGUUCAUGGAGAAACCCCAAGAAGAACACUGGGUUGCAGUCAAGCGCAUCUUCCGCUACCUACAAGGCACCAAGAUGCAUGGAAUCUGCUACAAGCCAAGUGCGAAGAUCGACUUUCGUGGCUAUUCAGAUGCAGACUGGGCCGGUGACCUUGCUGAUCGCAAAUCGACGUCCGGCUACGUCUUCAUGCUAUUGGGUGCUCCGGUGAGUUGGGGCAGCAAGAAACAGCCAAGUGUGUCACUGUCUACAAGCGAAGCGGAGUACAUCGCGCUCAGCCUGGCGAUCCAAGAAGGCAAGUGGAUCAAUCGCUUGCUGUGCGAAAUCAUGGCGGCUGCAAACGAAGAAGGAUCCGAGCUUGUCAUCCGUGAAGACAACCAGUCGUGCAUCAAGAUGAUGAAGAAUCGGGUCAACCACGGCCGCGCUAAACACAUCGACAUCAAGUACCAUCACAUCCGUGAUGAAGUCAAGCGCGGCGAAGUGAAGCUUGAAUACUGCGAGACGACGUUGAUGUUGGCGGACAUCAUGACGAAGGGACUUCACGGACCGCGUCACAAGGACUUGACGGCGGCGCUUGGCAUCCGUGCGUGUUCGGAUUGA